CCUUAGCGUCACCAAGUCGAACGCUCGGUCAAGAAAACAGUUGUGUUCUUUAUUCUUUGCGUCUCUGUGUUACCGUUUUAAAACCGCAUUCACGCAGGAUCCGCUCACCUUGGAGGAAGAUCUGCCCGGCGUGUUGCAGACGGCGUAUCGCGAAAGGUGUCAUGGAUCAGGCCUAUGAGAGCAGGCUGCUGAGACAAAUCAACAUCCAAAAUGAGAAUGCCGGCUCACCUCAGAAGGGGAUGGGGUCAGCACGUCCACUGACCCCGACCAGCUCCCCAUUAAUGUCCCCGAGCAAGCAUGGUGACCGGUUUAUUCCCUCUCGAGCGGGAGCCAACUGGAGUGUCAACUUCCACCGCAUUAAUGAAAUCGAAAAGUCUCACAAUCAAAACAGAAAAACCAAAGACGGCACAACUGACAACAACAAAGCGGACGGUCUGGCGUACUCGGCGCUCUUGAAGAAUGAGCUGCUUGGAGCUGGCAUCGAAAAGGUCCAGGACCCGCAGUCGGAGGACCGCCGCCUGCAGCCUUCCACUCCGGCCAAGAGGAGCCUCUUUAAUUAUUCAGUCAGAGUUAAGAGGACCCUGACUGAGGAGGAUGGAAACUCUGUGUCUCCGUAUUCACUAUCGCCCGUCUGCAGCAACAGCCAAAAGUUGUUACGGUCGCCAAGAAAACCCACGCGGAAAAUAUCCAAAAUACCCUUUAAAGUUCUGGACGCCCCCGAGCUACAGGACGACUUCUACCUCAACCUCGUGGACUGGUCUUCUCUGAACGUGCUCAGUGUUGGCCUUGGAACCUGUGUUUAUCUCUGGAGUGCCUGCACCAGCCAGGUGACGCGCUUGUGUGACCUUUCAGUGGAAGGGGACUCGGUGACGUCAGUGGGCUGGUCGGAGAGGGGCAACCUGGUGGCAGUUGGGACGCACAAAGGAUACGUGCAGAUCUGGGAUGCAGCUGCAGGGAAAAAACUCUCCGCACUGGAAGGACACACCGCCAGAGUCGGAGCACUGGCUUGGAAUGCAGACCAGCUUUCUUCUGGCAGUCGGGACCGAGUCAUUUUGCAGCGGGACAUCAGGGCUCCUCCUCUUCAGUCAGAGAGACGCCUUCAAGGACAUAGACAGGAAGUGUGCGGCCUGAAGUGGAGCACCGACCACCAGCUGCUGGCAUCUGGUGGAAACGACAACAAGUUGCUGGUGUGGAACCACUCCAGCGUCCUCCCAGUGCAGCAGUACACGGAACACUUAGCUGCAGUCAAAGCCAUCGCCUGGUCGCCGCACCAACACGGCCUGCUGGCCUCAGGAGGUGGCACAGCUGACCGCUGCAUCCGCUUCUGGAACACUCUGACCGGCCAGCCGCUCUACUGCACCGACACCGGCUCACAGGUCUGCAACCUGGCCUGGUCCAAGCACACCAACGAACUGGUCAGCACUCAUGGAUACUCCCAGAAUCAGAUCCUGGUGUGGAAGUACCCCUCCCUCACUCAAGUGGCCAAACUGACUGGACAUUCCUACAGAGUUCUCUACCUGGCCAUGUCCCCUGAUGGAGAAGCCAUUGUGACGGGAGCUGGAGAUGAAACCCUUCGCUUCUGGAAUGUCUUUAGCAAAAUGAGAUCGACCAAGGAGUCUGUGUCGGUGUUGAACCUCUUCACCAGGAUCCGAUAGUGGCGCACCUCUAAAGACUCUAGCGGGACUCAUUUGCAUGCAUCAUGUCUGAGCUGUAACAGGACCUCCUGUUUCUUUACUGGUCUGCAGAAGCCCCACCCACACCCUCACUUGUCAGCCAAGUUGUAGCAGUAGGUUGAGGACAGCAGUGUGGAGGAGAGGCUUGCACACACACGUCCCACCUCUGCCUGCACGACCCGAGCCGCCGACUCCCGAACAUCGGAGCCACUUUUGACCCGCUUCACCCGGUUGUUUUGUUUACAGACUGGUUUACACCUGCCAAAUUGUGUGUCCAUCUGGUUGCCUUAUUUAUUUCUUAUUUUCUUUUUUUUUUUUUUCUUGAAAGGAAUUUUAACAACUAUUUUAAUUUGUGUGUUUGUGUUGAAUGCUGUUUGCUUUACUUUUAUUUGGGUUCAUCUGUGGAAAACAUUUUGAUUCACAGCUGCAGAAAACAUUGUUAUUAAUGACAAGAUGGUGUGUCACUCUUUGGUCAUGAAAGUUGGUCACACUUUUGUUGCAUUACUUAAAGCAGAGUUUAGGAAUCUUGUUUAAACCUGUUUAAAAAAAAAAGUUAAAACUGUCAUGUCAUGACCUUUGCUCAAAACUGUGGAUCGAUCUCACAAUAUAUUUUUUUCUGCCCUUUGAAUUGUGAUGGUCAUUGUUUUUGUUUCCCCCAUGUGGCAGUCAGUAUGGAAUAUUUAGCUUCUGAACGCAUUUCAUGUAACAACAACAGACAGCCUUUAAAAUAUGUCAAGGAAAGGCAAACUGCCGUGACACUUGUGCUUGUUCCUGCUUCACUAUGAUUGUACAUCAGUAUCCUCUUCUCAGCAGUUGUGUUAUGACGGAGGAAGAAUAUGUUAGCAUUUGUAUUUUGGAUUAUCAAUAUUUGAGUGCAUUAUGUCACUAAACAAUUGAGAAUAUUUGUGGAGAGCACUUGCACAGUUAUCUUUCUGCAGGAAGUUGGUUUACUUUCACUGGCUUUGUCAAGAACUUGAAUUACAGGAGUAUUGUUGGAAAAGAUGCAUAUUUCUGUACUGCAGUCAUUACCGAUUAAAGAAUCAUAUCUCCUAUGAA